AUGGUUCGUGAAGUUAGUAUACUAUCAAGUCCAAGUUAUUCCAUUGAUCAUAUAGCAACAAAACAUGCUGCUAAUGAUGGUAUACGAUUUGAAGAAUUACCAAUGAAAGAUGAUCUAACAUUUAAACAUCGUUCAAGUAUAACAGAUGAUGAAUCUGGUUUUUCUGAAGCUGAAACAACAUCAACACGAUCAUCACCUAUUCCAUCAUUAAAUAGAGAAGAUUUUGAAUUAGCAUCAAACUUAUCAGAUGAAAGUAAAAAAGAAUUUUGUUCGGAUAUGGGUCUUAUAUUUCAUGCUGAAUUUCAAUUAACAUUCGGACGUUAUUUUUUGCCUAAUCAAUGGGCAUUAAUGCCAUUAGGUACAAAUGGUACUUGUCGAUUACCAUCGAAUGCAUUAUGUGAUGUUGAAAUAGCUAAAGUGCGUUUUGAAUGUGAUUCAUGUGCACAUUGUUGGACAUCAAUGCGUGGACAAAUAUCAUUUUUCUAUGAUUGUGAAUCAUAUAUACUUUAUUUUAAAUUAUUUACACAAGCCUGUGACCAUUGUGGUGAUGUAUGUACACCAUUAUGGUAUCCUGAAGAAGUAUGCCGUGUUAUGCGAAAUGUUUUUGUUAUUGUUAAUAAAUAUAUGUAUCCAAAUUUACAAACAUCAAUUCAAACAAAUCAUCAUCGUCGUUUUGGAAAUCCAAAAGGACAACAUCAUGGAUGUGAAUCAUGUCAAGAUGGUGUGUGUGUUUCUGUAGCUGCACGACAACUUGGAUGUAAACUUCGUGCUGAUGUUAAUGGUACAAAUCCAGAUGGUGCUCCAUAUGAUCAAUGUUGUACAAAUGAAGAAAUUCGUGCAUUGAUUAUUAAACAUAAGAAAUUAAACAAAUGA